UUAUGAUAUGCCAAACCUGAAUGUGUCUGAAUGUGCUCUCCAGGUAAGAAUGACAUAUUUGGAGAGAUGAUCCACCUGUAUGCGAAGCCUGGGAAGUCGAACGCAGACGUCCGCGCACUCAGCUACUGCGACCUGCACACCAUCCAGAGAGAGGAGCUCCUGGAGGUUUUGGACAUGUAUCCAGAGUUUGCAGACUAUUUCCUCACCAAUCUGGAGCUGACCUUUAACCUACGGCACGAGAAUUCAAAGGCCACUUAUUCACCAGCCAGUGAUUCAGACGGAGAGGAGACCAAGAGCCAAAGGAAGAUCUCCUUUAAACGUAAACCAUCCAAAGGAGGAAGCCUGAAGGAAACAGACAGCGAGUGCAGGAAGGAGCGGCGAGAGUCUCGUCUCAGCUCUAAGGGAAGCUCAGAGGACCGUCACACCUCCAGAGAGGAACAGCAAAGGCUUCUGGGAGCAGGAAUGAUAGAGUAUCCAUCAGUACAGAGCUACACCUCCACACCGGGCUGCAGUCCACCUGCUGAAGACACGGAAAAGACGGCAUAUGAUG